UGCUAAGGGCUCGUCUGUACAAAGGGACAUGUUUCGCGCUGGUUCGUAUUGCCUUAAGCUCUUAAACCCUUCUGCUUCCUAUUCCAUCAAUCGUGCCCGCUCUUUUAGCUUCUUUCUCGACGCCAAAGAAGCCUUGUAUGACCAACUGCUGAAGUGCUGCAAUGGCUUGGUCUUCCUCAAACAGAUACACUCGUCCCUCGCCACAGCUGGGCUCAUUGCCCAGAGACCUCGUUUGGGUUCUCAAAUAAUCAUCAAAUACGCCAAAUAUGGAGACUCCGACAGUGCUCGAUCUUUGUUCGAUGGUGUCCAUGGCGAUGGAACCAACUCUUUUCUUUGGAACUCGAUGAUCCGGGCUUAUACCAAUAAUGGACAGUAUUUUGAAACGUUGAAACUGUAUUAUCUGUUGCGCAAAAGUGAAAUUUCACCAAAUAACUAUACUUUCCCAUUUGUUCUUAAAGCAUGCGCCUCGAAAUCAGUGAUUCUUGAGGGUAGAUUUGUUCAUGGAGAUGCGAUUAGAACUGGGUUCGAUUCAGAUCGAUAUGUUGAGGCUGCUUUGGCUGAUAUGUACGCUAAAUGUGGGCAAAUUGCUAAUGCUCGCAAGGUGUUUGACAAAAUGGCAGAAAGAGAUCUUGUUUGCUGGACAACAAUGAUUACAGCCUAUGAACAGGUCAUGCAGCCCUUAGAGUCGUUACUCUUGUUCCAGAAGAUGCAAGAUGAGGGGGAUUUUCCAGAUUCAGUAACAGUAGUUAGCAUUGCCUCCGCGGUUGGUCAGUUGGGUGAUGCCAGGAAGGCUCUAGUAGUUCAUGCAUAUGCCAUUACUAAUGCGUUUCUUGAGGACUUGUGCGUGGGGAAUUCCAUCAUAGCAAUGUAUGGCAAAUGUGGGGAUGUGGAAAAGGCUCGUUUAGUUUUUGAUAUUAUGGAGGUGAGAGAUGGCGUCUCAUGGAAUUCUCUGCUGUCAGUUUACACUCAAAAUGGACAAGCUAGUGAAGCCCUGUUGCUUUUUGAUCUGAUGCAGGAUUCUGAGUAUAAGCCAAAUUCAGUGACAGUAUUGAUCAUGGUUUCAGCAUGUGCUUACAUGGGUUGCUGCCAUUAUGGAAGGAAACUUCAUAAUUAUAUUAUUGAUAAAAAAAUCAAAAUUGAUGAGUCUCUUUGCAAUGCUUUGAUGGACAUGUAUGCCAAAUCUGGAGAUCUAGAGAAAGCUGUGGCUAUGUUCAAGACUAUCCAUCCGAUUCAACGGAAUGUCGCUUCUUGGAAUGUAUUAAUUUCAGGGUAUGGCAUGCAUGGACGUGGGAGAGAAGCACUAGAAGUCUUCUCGCAAAUGUUAAGGGAAGGUGUUGAGCCAGACCACAUCAGUUUCACAUCGAUUCUUGCCGCUUGUAGCCACGCAGGACUUAUUGAUGAAGGUAGGAAAUGUUUUGCUGACAUGAAAAUGUCCACUGUGAAACCUGAGGUGAAACACUACGCUGCCAUGGUCGAUAUGCUAGGCCGAGCUGGGCUUUUACAUGAAGCUUAUGAUCUGAUAAAAAAGAUGCCAUUUCCCCCAAACGAUGCUGUAUGGGGUGCUUUGCUUUUGGCUUGCAGAAUCCAUGGGAAUACUGAACUGGGGGAAAUUGCAGCUGCUAAUCUCUUCCAGCUUGAACCAGAGCACAGCGGAUACUAUGUGCUGAUGUCAAAUAUUUAUGCAGCCUCAAACAAAUGGCAAGAAGUUGGGAAACUCAGAGAAAAUAUGAAAUCCAAGGGAUUGAAGAAACCUGCAGCCUUCAGUGUGGUUGAAUAUGGUAAAGAGGUUCAUGGGUUUCAUACAGCUGACCAAGAAAAUCCAUACUGGCGAGAAGUCUAUCGAAAGGUAGAGAAUUUGGCAGUAGAGAUGAAGAAGGCAGGGUAUGUGCCAGAUGGGUCUUGUGUGUUGCAUGAUGUAGAAGAUGAAGACAAAGAACACAUAUUGAACUAUCACAGUGAGAAACUGGCUGUGGCUUUUGGAAUUAUGAAGAUUGACCCAGGAUUGGCAAUUCAGGUGACUAAGAAUCUAAGAAUUUGCAAUGAUUGUCACUCUGCCUUCAAAUUCAUUUCCCAAAUCUGUGGACGGAAGAUUAUUGUCAGAGAUGCAAAUCGGUUCCAUCACUUCGAAGAUGGUACUUGUUCUUGCAAAGAUUAUUGGUAAUAUUACUUGCAACUCAUGUCUUCUUGAACCGGCCCAAGGCAAUCCAAGUAGAGAAUCUCGAUAUCUCAUGUUGAGUGUCAAAUUGAAUUGGCCCUUUUCCCUCUCUUUUUUUGACCUUCAUAAUGUAGCAACCAAAAGUUUUGGUGGGUGCUGGCAUUGUACUAGAUCGGAGUUUUCUUCUGUUAUCCGGCAACCGCCACACCCAUUUGACCGCCAUUCCGAUCAAUCAUUCUAAAUAUAUCACAUCUGUUUGGUAAAGUCAAACCCUAUGCUAUAUAUGAAUGU